AUGAGGGCUGGCGAAGGCCUGGACUUCUGGUCAUGCAGCGAUGCCUCGGUCGUGUGGCAUCGGCUGCGCGAGACCGUGAGAUACGUCACCUGGGACCCCACAUCGCCCUUGCGCACCUCCAUGGACAAACUUGCCCAGCUGGUGCCUCUCUGGCUCGAAGGACGCCCGGUCGAGGGGGGCCCUUGCGCUGCAGGCGAAGCCUUCUUCACGCUUCUGGACUUCCUCAUGUCUUCGGUCCAGCAGAUCCGCGACGAUGCCAGCUUCUCCAUGGACCGCUUGGUGGACGCCCUGAUCCUACUGCGCCUGAGGAUGCCGUCCAUUUCAGCCGCCAUGUUUUCAACCUGGCCCAUCUUUGGAGUUUUGGCUCUGGUGCAGCAGAAGCUGCUGCGUCUGGGGGGUGGCGGUGUCCCUGCCCACAGUGGCUUGGAGCAGCGGGAUGAGGCUAUGCCCUUUGGGGAGACGAUGGGUGCUUUCUCGAGCGUCUGCGAAGCGGGACAGGAGCUGCGAGGCAUCCUGAGUGACUGGCUGGAGACACUACCGCCGCCCCACAAGUCCAUACCUACGCUGCCGGGAACCGCUCGCCGGAGCGCCUGGCGCCUUACCCGCAAUGCGGCUGGCUGCAGCGGCCUGGAGCGGGCUGCUGCCCGUCUCGUCGCAGGCGGUCUGGUCCCGGCGGCCCCAUGGUACGUCUCCCUGGAGGAUCAGAACGUCUCUGCAUGGAGGUUCGACUUGCUUCGGCUUGAGAGGCUGCUGGACUGGAGCCUGACGACAGCGACCUGGAAUCAGCUCCUCUUCGCAGGUUGGCCCUUGCCUGCAAUCCUGCAUCGCCUUCAAGACGCCUACCUGCGGGAGGCAGUCUGCAGCGCCGCCGCUGAGGGCGGCUACGCGCUGAGGAGCCGGAGCAUGGGGGCGCGCGGCGUCUGGAUCUGCAUUGGGCGGGACGAAGAUUUGGCAGCAGAAAGGUGGCGAAUGCACGGUGAGUUCCCCGACUGCACGGCCAUCGCAGGGCUUCUGCGUGGCGAGGCCAAUGGUGGCUGCCUUUUUGCCGAUGUUGGCGCGAACCUCGGUUCAUGCUCUUUGCAGAUGGCUCAGGAGGGCUUCGAGGUGCUGGCUGUGGAGCCUGUGCCGUUGACGGCGGCGCUGCUGAUGGCUUCGGUGCUCCGCAACCACUUGGAAUCUCGCAUUCAGGUGGUGCAGGCUGCGGCUGGGCGGGGCGGCUCGGGCAGCCUCCGGUGCCCAGAGAAGCACUCGGCCGCCUGCGAGGUGGUGAGUGCUGAUCCACGCGAUGCGCUUCUGACGACGGUUUCGCUGGACAGCCUUGUGCAGCAGAGCCCGCGCAAACCUUUGUGCGCCGUGAAGAUUGAUGUUGAGGGCUCCGAGGAGGAGGUGCUUGCUGGUGCUGGACACAGCCUACGCCAUCGCCCAAGGCUUUUCUUAGAGAUCCAUGCGCUGCUGCUGCGCAAGCGGGGGACAUCUUCUGGCCGCGUUUUCGACAGGCUCUUGAUCGAGUUUGGGUACCGAAAUGUCCAGCUGCUGAGUGAGCACGGUCGCAGCUGUUUAUCGGCAUCGGUGAGGAGCUCGUUGGAAGGAGCCUGGCCUCAGGGUGGGGGCAUCUACGCGGAGCACUGGUGGCAGGGAGCCUCUGCUCUACCGGCCGGGCUCUUCCUAGAGCGGAAUGCCUGUAGAUGUGCGCGUGCCUGUUUCCUCCAACUCCGUCCAGGUCAACCCGGCUGCCGGUGCUGGGACUUCGUCGUCGCCACCGGUCGCUGCCAGAUGUACAGAAGCUGCGGGGCUCUGAACGGCACAGCGCUGGCCCACAGGGUCGGCUCCUGGGCAGGGGAACUAAGUGGAAACUUCGUCUUCAGCUGA